AUGCCAAAUAAAAGAAGAAAAAGAACUCAUCCAAACCUACAAUCAGAUGUACCUAAAACUGAUAGAACCUAAUCUGAGGAAUCUUCAGAGCCAGAGUACGAAGUAGAUCACAUUGAGGGAUACAAAGUGAAAAUGAAGUCAAAAACUAUAGACUUUUUUGUGAGAUGGAAAGGAUAUGGGCCAGAGGAUAAUACAUGGCAAGACUUCAACACUUUUUCUCAUGACGCUCCUCAUAUUGUAGAAAAGUAUCUGAUUGAAGAAGUAUUCAAGAAAUUUAAGAUUCCUUUAAGUAAUGAGAGCUAAGAAGAAAGCAAAGAUCACACUGUUAAGCCAAACACUAACUCAUCUUCUAUUGUAGGAAAGCAAAUAAGCGAUGACAAAAACGAGUAUGGACAAGAACAGCCAAGUAUUGGGUUUUUAUGUGAAUUCACAGAUACUGUUACAAAAGAGUCUAGGAGAGAGCUGAUUAAAGAGGAUGAACUUCUUGAGACACAUAGUAAGGAAAUGUAUAAAUUCCUUAAAUCUACUCUGAGGUUCGAACAGAAGGUUUCAGUCAAAAAAUCUUAAUUAAUGUCUCCUAAUUUUGAACAAUAUAUUGACAGCCUUAGCAAUAGCUUAGCAAAAGAUUAAACAGAAAGCUCACAAACAUUAAAUCAAGUGGAUGCAAGUAAUGAGAAAAGAGUUAACAAUCAUGUGACUCCAAAUGGCGUUGAUUUAAAUUCUUAAGAAGAGAACAACUCACAGAACUAAUCAAAUGUAGAUAAUAGUAAGAGAGUCAAAAGAUCAAGAGGAGGGAAUUCUCAACCAAAGCAAUGA